GUGAGGCAAAUCCUUAUUGAAGAAGGUUAUGAGGAUGCCAAAGAGUACUUCAUAUGUCUGAGUGAUGUACAUCCACAAUAUUGGGAUAUUCUAGGAUCCCAGUCAGACCUGUGCCGCCAUUAUGGAGAUAAGGGCACGAUUCCCUAUUAUUAUUUGGGUCUCAAAGGAAAGAUUAAUUGUUUGGUAUCACAUCCUGAUGUGUGCUACACAAUGUUGUCAUACUGGAGAGAAAAAGACCAUUGGCUCAACAGACAUGGAGGGUGUCAUACAAAGAAAGAACUGUGGGAUGGGGAGCGGUUUACAGAAUUAUCGUGGUUCUGGGAUCCCGAUUCUGAGUGGUGCCUGCCAGUUUGAUGUCAGUACACUGGACGUAGUGAUAUAAUUUCAGCUGAGACUAUUUUAUCAGCUUAUGAAAGUGAAGAUGGAUACCGUGAAAUUAAGUGUGAUUGCUGUCAAAGUACUUUCCAAGUUCAAUCGAAAUACGUCAAAGGAGAUCCUCCAAACAUUGCUUUUGUGGGUAAGUUACAGUGGAUUUGA